UGUGGCUAUCCGGGUGCUUGGUUAUCCGCAAUGGAAAAACCGACGAAGUAUGUUGACGAUCCUUCGCAGUCUCUAUGCUGUCCAGUGUGCCAAAGAGUAUUCUUAGACCCGGUCAUAUCAGUGCUGUGUGGACACACAUUUUGCCGUCGAUGUGCAGAAUAUGAUCAAGAAAACAAGCCAAAGAUAUGUCCUAUCGAUCAAACUACGGUUGAGAGUAACAGCUUGGUUUUGAAUCGAGCUAUUCAAGGUCAAGUGGACGAACUUCAAAUUUAUUGCUGUCACGCUUUGACUCGGGCUGAUUCGGAAGAAGACUUUGUUGUCGAUGAUGGUGGAUGCCCAGAAGUUAUUGUCUUGGGCAAUAGAGAUCAGCACGAGGAUUCUUGUGAGUUUGCUCUCAUUCCUUGCCCAAAUGGCUCCAACUACUGUGGAAAGCUAAGACAAAAAGAUCUGGCUGAUCACAUGAUGUAUUGCAACAAUAUGCCUUGUCCAUUUAAAGAGUCAGGAUGUCAGUUUCGUGGCCAAGCAGUCGAAGUUGACCAGCACAAACCAACUUGUGGUUUUCGGGGCAUUAAAGUAGAUAAAGCUCACAAUGCUGAGGUGAAACACUUACGAGACAUUUGCGAACAGUUGGUGCACACCUUACGUGCUUUGACUGACAAAGUGUCAACACUCGAAGAGAAAAUGAGCUUGGCACAGACACAGCUUAAACAGCAAGAAAAAAGUGUUGGUGAUCUCCAUCAGCAAAACGUAAAGCUUGUCAGUCAAGUUAAUGAGCUACUAGCCAGGACGAAUGUGCAUGUAGGAAAUCUCCAGACAAGCAGUCCAAUUGUAGGCAAUCGCCGUGUUCGGGGACACAAUCGUUCAGCAUCUCUCAGUGUGACUAUGAAGGGCAGCGGGUCAACAGAGAUCGAACCUAAUGUAACUCCCUCACCACCUACCUCCACUCAGUCUGUCAGUCAACUCACUGAUGUUAUGCCCAGACGUAUUGCCCCAAAGGUUGAGUCAUGGACGAUGCCUUUCACAUUCAAAUGCAUAGGAACUUUCAGAGGCCAUGGAAAUGGCAUUUUCUCUAUGGUGGCUAAAGGUCAGCGUUUGUACAGUGGUAGUCGAGAUGCAACUAUUCGAGUUUGGGAUAUGGAUGCUCUCAAACGAGGAUGUAUACACACACUGCAAGGCCACACUAAUACAAUUCAUUCAUUAGUCAUUGGGAUCGGCUGCUUAUUCAGUGCUGGCGCAGAUUUGAGCAUCCGGUCAUGGAAACUAGAAUCACUGGAAGAAAACAAAGUGGUCGAGAAUGCUCAUGACAACAUUGUCAGUGCUCUGGUUGUCGCAGGACCACAUCUUUUCAGUGCAGCUCUAGCUCAAGUCAAGGUUUGGAAAGCAGCAACCCUGGAGCAUCUUUACACAAUUACUGGAUUGAAUCAUUGGGUCAGAGCCCUAGCAGUUGGAGACAGGAAGGAGAAAGUGUAUAGUGGGUCACAUAAUACGAUCCAUGUAUGGGAGACGUCAGGAGAAUUUUCACUCUGUGGAAAGCUGGAUACUUCCUAUGGCUCUGUGUAUUCAUUGGCCGUCACAAGACAAUAUAUUAUAGCAGGAACUUAUAACCAGAAUUUGCAUGUGUAUGAUAUCAACACACAUCAGCACAUCAGGGCAUUAAUGGGUCACAUCAGUACGAUAACAUCUCUUACUGUUUCACUGUCAGGACGUUAUCUUUUCUCAAGUUCAAUAGAUACAACUGUCCAGUUGUGGAACUUGGAGAAUAUGCUUCCUAUUCAGUCCCUUAAACGUCACGAAGGUGCUGUUAAUGCAAUUGUACUCCAUCAUGAUUACCUCCUCACUGCCUCAGAUGACCAUGAAAUCAAGAUCUUUAGAUAUUUCAAGAUGUAAGAGAGUCACAUCACAGCUUCCUACAAUAAACGUUUUAUUUGUAACAUAAUUUGAUUACGACAUUGCAGUACGUUUGCUGUUGCUUCUGUCCAUCUCUUUACUAAUUAUUG